GAUAGGUUGGGAUUCGGAUGUUCGCAGCUGACGUGUUUACUAAAAAGUUGUCAUAAUUUAUUGAAUAAAGUGCUAAGUUAAGUUUUAAAAAUGAGUUCUUUUCGACGAGAUAAAAAGGAGGACGAAGACGGUGGUGGGAAUCCGUAUUUAAAUAUUGAAAAAACAACUGUAUUACAAGAAGCAAGAACUUUUAAUGAAACUCCUGUAAAUCCCCGAAAAUGCACACAAAUUUUAACAAAAAUUUUAUAUCUUUUAAACCAGGGUGAGCAGCUAGGGUCGACAGAAGCCACAGAAGCUUUCUUUGCAAUGACCAAAUUGUUCCAAUCUCGAGAUGUGAUUCUACGUCGAAUGGUAUAUUUAGGCAUCAAAGAGCUAAGCUCGGUAGCCGAUGAUGUGAUCAUUGUUACAUCGAGCUUAACCAAAGAUAUGACUGGCAAAGAAGAUCAGUACCGUGCAGCUGCUAUUCGAGCUUUGUGUAGUAUUACAGAUGUGACUAUGCUUCAAGCUAUUGAACGGUAUAUGAAACAAGCAAUAGUAGAUCGUAAUUCUGCCGUGAGUUCAGCUGCACUUGUUAGUUCAUUACAUUUGACAAGAAUUGCAAACGAUGUUGUUAAAAGAUGGGUCAACGAAGCUCAAGAAGCUGUUAAUAGUGAUAGUGUUAUGGUUCAGUAUCACGCUUUGGGUGUUUUGUAUCAUAUUCGAAAAUCAGAUCGAUUAGCUGUUACAAAGCUAGCUGCAAAAUUAACAAGAAUGUCUUUAACAUUAAAAUCUCCGUAUGCAGUUUGUAUGUUGAUUCGUAUUGUGUGCAAAUUAAUCGAUGAAGAAGAGAUGAUUAACCAUCCACACGAAUCCCCAUUAUUUGAUUUUGUAGAAGACAGUCUGCGGCAUAAAUCUGAAAUGGUGACCUACGAAGCAGCCCAAGGCAUUGUCAAUUUGAAACGAACAACACAUCGCGAACUUGGACCUGCUUUAAGUAUAUUACAAGUAUUUUGCGCAUCUCCAAAAGCAGUAUUACGUUUUGGUGCCGCUAGAACGUUAAAUAAAAUUGCGAUGAUACAUCCUACAGCGAUUGGAGUUUGUAAUAUUGAUUUAGAAAAUUUGAUUACGGAUUCAAAUCGAUCAAUUGCUACUUUAGCAAUAACAACACUUUUAAAAACUGGUACAGAGUCAUCAGUGGAUCGAUUAAUGAAACAAAUAUCAUCAUUCGUAUCAGAAAUCAGUGAUGAAUUCAAAGUUGUUGUCGUGCAAGCAAUUAAAGCAUUGUGCUUUAAAUUUCCUCGCAAACAUUUGAUUUUAAUGAGUUUCUUAUCUGGAAUGCUACGUGAUGAAGGUGGUUUGGAGUAUAAAGCUUCCAUUGCCGAUACUAUAAUUAUAAUUAUUGAAGAAAAUCCCGAAGCUAAAGAAAUUGGUUUGGCACAUUUAUGUGAAUUCAUUGAAGAUUGUGAACAUUUUUCAUUAGCUGUUCGCAUACUUCAUUUAUUGGGUAAAGAAGGUCCACGAACAAAAACUCCUUCACGAUACAUACGUUUUAUAUAUAAUCGUGUAAUACUGGAAUGCGCAAGUGUACGAGCAGCAGCAGUUGCUUCACUUGCACAAUUUGGUGCUGCAUGCCCUGAUUUACGUCAUAAUAUUUGUGUACUUUUAUCUCGCUGUCAAAUGGAUACUGACAAUGAAGUACGCGAUCGUGCUACAUACUAUACAAGUAUUUUAAAAAGUGGGGAUAAACAAUUGAUUAAUGAUUAUAUUAUUGAUAGUCCACAGAUGUCAAUACCAGCUUUAGAACGGGCAUUAAAAGAAUAUUUGGAUAAUCCAACUGAUGUGCCAUUUGAUUUAAAUUCAGUACCACUAGCUCCAGUUGGAUCUGUUAUCGAUACAACAACACAAUCUGGCAUUCUUCAAACUACGGCCGAAGAAACACCACUUAAAGGAACGAAAAAAUUACACAGUACUGAUCGAGAAGAAAUGUACAUGGAAAAAUUAUCAAAUAUACCAGAAAUUCAACAAUUAGGACCGUUAUUUAAAAGUUCAGCUGUUGUUGAACUUACCGAAUCUGAAACUGAAUAUACCGUGCGGUGUAUCAAACAUUCCUAUCCAAGUCAUCUUGUAUUACAGUUUGAUUGUUUAAAUACAUUAAAUGAUCAAUUAUUGGAAAAUGUACGAGUACAAUUAGAACCACCAGAAGGUUUUGUUAUACUUAAAGAAAUACCAUGCGAAAAGCUACCAUACAAUGAAACUGGAAGUGUAUUUAUUAUUUUAAGAUAUCCAGAUAGUAUUAAACUCAGUGUGGGAACAUUCGGAGCAACAUUAAAAUUCGUUGUAAAAGACUGCGAUCCAACCACAGGUAUUCCAGACUCUGAUGAAGGUUAUGAUGAUGAAUACAUGUUAGAAGAUUUAGAUUUAACACUCGGUGAUCAAAUUGAAAAACGACAACGCGAUUUUGAUUAUUCAUGGGACAGUGAUCCAAAGGAAUAUAUCGAAUUACAGGAUACAUUCUCAUUAAGUGCAUUUAACACGUUAGAGGAGGCUGUAAAAAGUUUAAUACAAUUCUUGGGAUUCAGGCCACAUAAUCGUACAGAAAAAGUUCCUGAAGGUAAAACAACACAUACGCUUUGUUGUUCGGGUGUAUUUCGAGGCAAUUUACAAUCGUUGGUGAAAGCAAAAUUAGCACUUGGAGAAGGGGGUAUCACUAUGCAACUUACAAUUCGGUCUAUGGAUGAAGAUCUUGCUGAACUUAUUAUGUCUGCUGUGGGUUAAUUUAAGUAAAAUGUACAGUGUGUGUCAGAAAAAAAAAUUAUAAAGUUA